UCAUUGCAUAUUUUGAUGUUUUAUAAUUAAAAUUUUGGGCCUCAAAAAAAUAAGCCAACUAGCCAAUGUUGCAAAAGCAAACUUCUCAUACAAAUAAUUGUGCAGGCUUCAGUGACUACACAAAACUGGUGCAUUUUGGCCACUAUCAUCGCAGCUUUGCUUCAUUUCUGAUAUUUUCAAGCUUCAUUUCUGCAUCUACGGAGAAGAACACAGCAUCCACUCAAAAUUAAAUCCAAAUUAUGCUUUCAGGUGUGGCUACUGGAGGUCACUUGCAACCCAAAUUUAUCAAUUUGCAAACAAGGCAUGCCUCUGGUCUAACGGUGGGGAAAUUAUAUUUUUCAAGAUUUAGGCCUCCUUUGAAUAACAGAAUCAAUUGCACAUUUCGCCAAUCAGAGAAAGUCUCUUUUGCUCAUGAGGAACAUGAAAAGAUUUGGCCUUUGGUUAAGAUGUGUGGGAUUACAAGUGCUAAAGAUGCUGAAAGGGCAGCACAAGCUGGAGCCAAUUUUAUUGGGAUGAUUCUAUGGCCCAACUCAAAACGCUCCAUUUCACUUUCAGUAGGAAAGGAAAUUUCAAAAGUUGCACGGUCAUAUGGAGCAAAACCUGUUGGGGUGUUUGUGGAUGAUGAUGCAGACACAAUAUUGAGAGCUGCAGAUACUUGUGCUCUUGAAUUUGUUCAGCUUCAUGGAAAUGGUUCACGGGCAGCUUUUUCAGAUUUAGUUAAAGAAAAACAAAUAGUAUAUGUUCUAAAUGCAAAUGCAGAUGGAGACCUUCUAAAUCAAAUUUCAGAUGAAGAUUGUUCAAUGGUUGAUUGGAUUCUUGUGGACAGUGCAACAGGUGGCAGCGGCAAAGGAUUUAACUGGGCCCAGUUUAAGUUACCACCAAUUAGAAGCAAGAAUGGGUGGCUCUUGGCAGGAGGGAUCAGACCUGACAAUGUUUGUGAAGCACUAUCUACCCUGAGACCUCAUGGUGUUGAUGUCAGUAGUGGCAUUUGUGGCUCAGAUGGCAUCAAGAAGGACCAAUCACAAAUAUCUUCCUUCAUGAAUGCAGUCCGUUCUGUGUGCUAUUGAUUGGUCAUGAGCAAGGAAAUUGAUCCACCUGAUUAAGACAUUACAAUUUUACUUUAUAUUCAGUUUUGAUUUUCUUUUGUUCAUCCGAGGAUAUAUAUGUGGUCGUAUUAUAGGCUUUUCCUCAUGCUAAAAAAAAAAAGACUUCUAGCACCUCAAGGAAUGCAGUUCAAUCUAACAGAGGUGUGUUUAAUAUGAUUAGCCAUUCUUUUCAAGAGGGUCGGAUGGUUUUCAUUACUUUUGACAGAUUAAAAAUGAAGUUAUUUUGCGCA